GGCACACGCCAAUCACGCGGAGAACGCGGCUCUGGUUGGUUCGGCGCUAUUAUUAAGGAGGGUCCUGACGACAGUCGCUGUGUUGAAAUUCCAGUGCUAACCAACUUUAGCCAGCGCGCUAACAUGUAAUUGAGCGAAUUUGAAGAGCUUCACGUGCUGCGCAGUCCUGGCUUUAAUAGCGUCAAUGAUAAGUUGCAAACAGGCCGCAGUGUAAACAUUCGCCUCCAUGUUGGCGGCUGCGUGUGCAUCAGCUCCUGCUACCGGGACAUGGCCAGUUAGCCAGUACGCAGCAUUCGUUGGAUAAACGAAGCUGGCGAGCUAGCUGGAAGGAAGGGGAAAAAAGCCGUUCGGACCGGGGCGGCGGGGGGCGGCUUGUGAACAGGUUCGUCGCUCGGAGGAGGCGGAAAGCCGGAUGCUGUGACUGCCAUGAGUCCCGCAGGCUGCCCCCAUGUGAACAGCUUCAAAGUGGACAACUGGAAGCAGAACCUGAGGCUUAUUUAUCAAUGUUUCGUGUGGAGCGGUUCAGCCGAGACCAGAAAACGCAAGGCCAAGUCAUGCAUCUGCCACAUGUGCGGAGCCCACCUGAACAGACUCCACUCCUGCCUCUACUGUGUCUUCUUCGCAUGCUUCUCCAAAAAACACAUCCACGAACAUGCCAAGAGCAAAAGGCAUAACCUCGCCAUCGACCUGCUGUACGGGGGAAUUUACUGCUUUAUGUGCCAAGACUACAUUUAUGACAAGGAGAUGGAGCAGAUUGCCAAAGAGGAGCAGAGGAAAGCCUGGAAGAUGCAAGGCAUCGGGGAGAAGUACUCGACGUGGGAGCCAACCAAGAGGGAGCUGGAGCUGCUGCGCCACAAUCCCAAGAGGAGGAGGAUCACCUCCAACUGUACUAUUGGCCUGCGCGGUCUGAUCAACCUGGGCAACACCUGCUUCAUGAACUGCAUCGUCCAGGCGCUGACGCACACGCCGCUGCUGCGCGACUUCUUCCUGUCCGACCGUCACAAGUGCGAGAUGCAGAGCAACUCGUGCCUCGUGUGCGAGAUGUCUCAACUCUUCCAGGAGUUCUACUCAGGCCAUCGCUCCCCUCACAUCCCGUUCCGCCUGCUGCACCUGGUGUGGACGCACGCCCGGCACCUGGCCGGCUACGAGCAGCAGGACGCCCACGAGUUCCUCAUUGCGGCGCUGGACGUGUUGCACCGACACUGCAAAGACGACAACGGGAAGAAGGCCAACAACCCAAACCACUGUAACUGCAUCAUUGACCAAAUCUUCACAGGGGGUCUGCAGUCUGACGUCACCUGCCAAGUGUGCCAUGGUGUUUCGACAACCAUAGACCCGUUCUGGGACAUCAGCCUGGACCUACCCGGAUCCUCCACGCCUUUCUGGCCCCUCAGUCCCGGAGGAGAUGUGACAGCACUUAACGGGGAGAGUCACUCCACUGGAGCCACAACACUUAUGGACUGUCUGCGCAGGUUCACCAGACCGGAGCACCUCGGCAGCAGCGCCAAGAUCAAGUGCAGCGGUUGCCAUAGUUACCAGGAAUCCACCAAGCAGUUAACCAUGAAGAAGUUGCCUAUCGUAGCCUGCUUUCACCUUAAAAGAUUUGAACAUUCGGCCAAACUACGGAGGAAGAUCACUACUUACGUCUCGUUCCCACUGGAGCUGGACAUGACCCCCUUCAUGGCCUCCAGUAAGGAGAGCAGGAUGAACGGGCAGUACCAGCAGACCGUGGAGGCAUUCAACAAUGACAAUAAGUACAGUUUAUUUGCCGUGGUGAACCACCAGGGGACACUAGAGAGCGGCCAUUACACCACCUUCAUCCGGCAGCACAAAGACCAGUGGUUCAAGUGUGACGACGCCAUCAUCACCAAGGCCAGCAUCAAAGAUGUGCUUGACAGUGAAGGGUACCUCUUGUUUUAUCACAAACAGUUCCUGGAGUACGAAUAGCCUCCAGGAGGAACCCAAUCAGGAAAAGGUGACGAGUGUGUAAGGGAGAGGCGUGGAGAUGGGAGAGCUGCAUGGAGACUGGCUGAAAACACGGAACCACCGUUCCUGGGCGCAGCAGCAAGACCCUGCGCAGGGAUGAAACCGAUUAAACAUGACUCGUGCAAAACCGCUAGAAAUACAGACAUUUGUGUUCUUGCUGACGUUAUCACUUGAAUUGGGGACAUGAAGAGGGAAAAAGAAGCUGUGAAAGUCUGCUCUUGCUUUUCAGAUCAUGGACAGUUAGUGUCUUAUCCCGACAUUUUUUUCUGUUGAUUGCGACGUAAAACUCCGGAAAGUUUUAGAUUUUUUUUUUUUUUUUUUUUCCUCCAUUUUUUUCAAACCCCACUUCCGUCUUCAUGCUCGCACAGCCGCAUUCAUCACAGGCAACGUUUCCGGACACGAGCGCGUACUUCGUCUGACGUGCAAACACUCCUCUGCAAGACCAAAUAUUUUCAGCACGGAAGUUGUCUUAUUAUGCAGUUUCUGUCCAGAGUUGGGAAUAAUGGAAGACCAUCAUCUGACAGUAUUCUAACAUUAUUCCAAUUAUUAUUUGUCAGAUUGUUGUAGUCAAAGUGGUACUAUUAUUAUUAUUAUUAAUAAAAAAAGCUUCCAUAAUUAAAGAGGGGAAAUGAAUGACCCAGUAAAUAUAUUUUUAUACAUCUUGCAUUCAAAUUGUUUGUUUACGGUUUUGCAUUCUCUUUGACAAAAGAAAAACAAAAUGCAUUAUUCGUCUGUUGAAUCGUGUCGUCGAUCAUGUUUUUGUACCCAAAAGACAAAAAGAGGCUAAUGAUUUUUGUGAAGCUGCUGCUAUUGCUGUUUUUUUUUUGUUUGUUUGUUUUCUUUACCUUUAUCUAUUGCUAAACAGUUAUUGGCACCGCCGGGUUAGUUGGUUUAAAAACAGAUAAAUUUCUCUUUUAUUGCAUUACAAUAAUCUCACCCCAACAAAAUUAAGAACAGUCCCAAUUUUUGUGAACUUGUUUUAUCUCCUUCCGCCUGUUGGAAAGCUCUUUCAGAAAGGGCAUCUUUGACUGUUACUCUUAGCAUAUUAUUACUCCUUUUUCCCCGAGAAUACGGUUCUCACUACUUCAUUUAGGGCCAGAGACUGAGGGAAAGUUGAUUCUUCUCUGGUAAUCCAGUUCUCUGUUGAUUCCGACAUGUUUUGAAACACGAUCUUGACCCAAGUGGUUUGUUCCAAAAGGCCCCUCUCAAAGCUGACCAUCAGAAUGGUCGGCGAUUUGAAUUUCCAUGCUGACAUUUGAGUUUUCAAAAGUCAAUACUGCAGCAGUUAAAAAGUUUCGCACGUCUUCCUUUUUGUUCUUUUGACUUCGAAGUGUUCCAACAGUAAAGGGAACAAAAACUACCCCUGGCUGAAGUCCAGUGACUUAUGUCAGUUUUUUUUUUUGCUCCUGUCUUGGCAUUCUUCAGCUCAAACCGUCCGAUUGUAUGUUAAUGCCAAGAAUUGAGUGUGCAGGAUGCUCCGCUUUGUGUGUUUUCAUCUUUAGCUGCUACAGUAUUUUACUAUUUGAAGUAGUUAUUGGUAGUUCCUUUGUCUGGGUGACUCCACUUUAUGAGGAGCUUUAACUCAAAUUCAUUCUUUCUUUUUCCCCCCCAACACCAGUUGCAGUGGGUUUGACAACUGGUUGGCAUGUAGAUAGUGUCUAAUGGUUGCUAUGGACACUUUUCUCCUUUACCUUCCUGUUUGGGGGCUAAACCAGAGUCCUUGUAUGUCGUGUUUCCAGAAUAAAAGAAAGUUGACCUUC